UCUUGUGUGCUCCCCUGGCGCACACUCUCAUUUGGCACCAAUGUCUGGGCCGUCACCUUCUCCUUUGGCUCUGAGUGAUCAGUGAGUGGGUCUGGCGCCUGGAGGAUGCUUUUCACCCUGAGGGUCUUUAAGCAGUUUCCCAGCUUGUCUUUGGGACUGCUCAAGUUGCCUUUCUGCCCUGUUUCUGAACACGUGUGACUCAACUUUCCUUCCGUUGGGCACCUGGGAGUUUAAGGAUGAUGGUUUGGCAUAUGGCGAAAGAUGUCUUGAAACAUAAAGCAGCGAAACUUUCCCAGGCCUUUGUGCUUCGGUCCUCAGGACUUUCCUGUAGCAGGAAAAACUUCUGGCAAGGAGAAGUUAGGCUUCCCAUUCUUUGCGUACUGCCCUGGUCUGACAGUUUUGUGAAACUAACCACCUAUCAAUCCCUCGAGGCGUGGAGUGGUUGGGAGCUUUGUCUGGGCUCUCUCGGGGCUCAAGACCGGCAAAGGACCAUCUGUUACUCGGGGCUGGAAAUUGCACAGAAAUAUUGCCUGUCAAGUGAGAACUUGGAAGUUGGGGAAACUUUAAACUCCGCCUACUCCUAAAAGGAUGAUGGAUGUGUGGGUUGGCUUCUCCCUCGUCCCUCCUCCCCCUCUUUGCAUAAUACCGUAGUGUUUUAACUGGGUUGAUUAACAGCAUGCCCCAGAUAUGCAUAAGGCAAAGGCAUUUUCUGCAGUUCAAAAGUUAAAGCAUGUAUCUAGUGGACUUGGCUGGAGGGGAGUGGAGGAGACAGGACUGGCUUUACAGCCCGCCCCCAGAGGACUGUAGGUUACAAAGAAGGGGCCAGAGCUUGCAGACUGGUAGGAAUGCAGAACAGCUAUUUCGCAUGUGGUGUUGUGGAAACUCUUAUCAUGUCGUUCAAAACUUGGGGCUGUGACCACAAAAUGCAAAGGCAGCUCAAGCAUCUCAUCCGACGUGAGUUCAAGUACAGAUCACACGCCAACCAAAGCCCAGAAGAAUGUGGCUACCAGUGAAGACUCCGACCUGAGCAUGCGUACACUGAGCACGCCCAGCCCAGCCUUGAUAUGCCCACCGACUUUGCCGGGAUUUCAGAAUGGAAGGGGCUCGUCCACCUCCUCAUCCUCCAUCACCGGAGAGACGGUGGCCAUGGUCCACUCCCCGCCCCCAACCCGCCUCACGCACCCGCUCAUCCGGCUCGCCUCCAGACCCCAGAAAGAGCAGGCCAGCAUAGACCGGCUCCCAGACCACGCCAUGGUGCACAUCUUCUCCUUCCUGCCCACCAACCAGCUGUGCCGCUGUGCACGCGUGUGUCGCCGCUGGUACAACCUGGCCUGGGACCCGCGCCUCUGGAGGACUAUCCGCCUGACCGGCGAGACCAUCAACGUGGACCGUGCCCUCAAGGUGCUGACCCGCAGGCUUUGCCAGGACACCCCCAAUGUCUGUCUCAUGCUAGAAACUGUCAUUGUCAGUGGCUGCCGGCGGCUCACAGACCGAGGGCUUUACACCAUUGCCCAGUGCUGCCCUGAACUGAGGCGCCUGGAAGUCUCAGGCUGUUACAAUAUCUCCAACGAGGCCGUCUUUGACGUGGUGUCCCUCUGUCCCAACUUGGAGCACCUGGACGUGUCAGGGUGCUCCAAAGUGACCUGCAUCAGCUUGACCCGGGAGGCCUCCAUUAAACUGUCCCCCUUGCAUGGCAAACAGAUUUCCAUCCGCUACCUGGACAUGACGGACUGCUUCGUGCUGGAGGACGAGGGCCUGCACACCAUCGCAGCGCACUGCACGCAGCUCACCCACCUGUACCUGCGGCGCUGCGUGCGCCUCACGGACGAGGGUCUCCGCUACCUGGUGAUCUACUGCGCGUCCAUCAAGGAGCUGAGCGUCAGCGACUGCCGCUUUGUCAGCGACUUCGGCCUGCGGGAGAUCGCCAAGCUGGAGUCCCGCCUGCGGUACCUCAGCAUCGCCCACUGCAGCCGUGUCACCGACGUGGGCAUCCGCUACAUCGCCAAGUACUGCAGCAAGCUGCGCUACCUCAACGCGAGGGGCUGCGAGGGCAUCACGGACCACGGCGUUGAGUACCUCGCCAAGAACUGCACCAAACUCAAGUCUCUGGACAUCGGCAAAUGCCCUUUGGUCUCCGAUACAGGCCUGGAAUGCCUAGCCCUAAACUGCUUCAAUCUCAAGAGGCUGAGCCUCAAGUCCUGCGAGAGCAUCACCGGCCAGGGCCUGCAGAUCGUGGCCGCCAACUGCUUUGACCUCCAGAUGCUCAAUGUCCAGGACUGCGAGGUUUCCGUGGAGGCCCUGCGGUUUGUGAAACGCCACUGCAAACGCUGCGUCAUCGAGCACACCAACCCUGCCUUCUUCUGAAGGGGCAACUUCCAUCUGGAGUGUUCUCAGAC